AUAUUGCUGUGUCAAGUUUCAGUGAAGAGUUUCUUCUUUUCCAAAUUACUAAUCAGACUACAACAUGUCGCGUUGAAGGAAAAGACUAGGAGGAAAGGGGCGCCCUGCUGGCCACGAGCAAGAAAAUCCAGCACCAAGAAGUCUCAGGGAGAAAGCCUGGCCAUGCUCACAGCUGUUGCUGGACUUGUGAGGGGGGAAACACACUGAGUGAAGGGCAGAAGAGGAGAAAACAGAAAUGCUCUGCCCCUGGAGAACUUCUGACCUCGGGCUACUCCUGCUGCUCACCGUCUUCUCAGUGGCGGAUUCAGCUAAUUCAUGUGUGAAUGGAGAGCAGGUGAUAAAGAACAAUUCCUCCACCCUUACAGAAGUUCACUUUUUGGAGCAUGUACCCAUGGGCACAAGAUCUGUGCUCUGUUGCCCUCCUGUCCUACUGGAAAGUGUCGUGGUAAUAACAUGGAAAAUAGCCCUCAGAAGCCAGCCUCUCUGCACAAGAGCCUAUAAAAAAGAAACAAAUCAGACCAUCCACACCAACUGCACUGAUGGGAGAAUAACCUGGGCCUCCAGACCUGACCUGAGUCCUCACCUUCAGAUUAAUGCAGUGGCUGUCUCUCAUGAUGGAAUGUACACCUGUGAAAUAGUAACAUCUAACGGGAAUUUCCACAAUGUGUAUCACCUCCAAGUGCUAGUGCCCCCUGAAGCAAACAUCUUUCUCAGAGAGAAUAAAGAUUUGGUGGUGUGCGAGGCAGUUGCAGGCAAGCCGGCUGCCCAGAUCUCCUGGAUGCCCGAGGGGCACUGUGUGACUAAGGAAGAGGAGAACAGCAAUGGCACCGUGACGGUCAGAAGUACCUGCAGCUAUUCAGACAGCAACGUGUCCUCUGUGACCUGCUUGGUCUCCCAUUUGACAGGCAACAGGAGUCUUCCCCAAGUUUUGGCUUCUGGUACCUCAAAAUCAAAUGACUUAUAUAUUAAAUGCAUAAUUCCUCCCAUUAUUAUUAUUUUGAUCAUCGUGGGAUCAGUUUGGCUUUUGAAAAUCAGGGCCUUCAGGAAAUGCAAGCUUAAAAAACCAGCAGCUACUCCUGUUAUUGAAGAGGAUGAAAUGCAGCCCUAUGCUUUUUACACAACAAAGAACAACCCACUCUACGAAGCUGCAAACAAGGUUCAUGUGUUUCAAGUAUCACAAAGUGGAGUUGGUGGCCUGGACUUCCAUAUUUGAUAAGUUAUUAGAAUCUAGCACCAGGAAAAAUUAAUCAAGAUACAUU